CAACAAUAAGAGGGGAUUAGCCUACGGCACUGGCUGAGCAGUCAGCGCUGCGUUUUGGGAGGGAGGAAAAAAAAGGAAUAAACCUCCUAUCAUCACACGCACAGCUGUUUGGUUUGGAUAGGGAGCGAGAGAAGAGAGAACGAGGGAAGAGAGAAGAGAGGAGGACUAAAAAAAAAAAAGACUGGAUAUUAAGCGCAAGAGAAAUGUUGGCCAAUGAGCAACAUUUAUCCAGUGCAGACCUACAGCUGGAUGGAUGACUGGCUGGACUUCAUUAAGCCAUACGACAGCACAGGCACACAAACAUAGACACACAUGGAUGGACCGCAAGUGGCUUUGAUGGGUGAAGAUGAACACUGACCUUAAACACUGACCACAAACGCUGACCACGGGACUCGGCACAGCCACAUAUGUGAACGAAAAUGCUUAAAGGAAGGACCUAACGACCCUGUAGAUUUGAACAGGAAAGCUGAAAUCUGUGAAAGAAACCCCAUCAGGACCUAACAAAGAUGCGAAUCCUGGUGAAUCCUGACCACAGGAAUGGUCAGCAGCCGUUUUGAGGCGAAUAACAAAGCUAAACCCUGAAGAGAAGCCUUUCUUAUUUUUUCCUGAAAAGAAAGAAGACCAUGUUGAUCCGAUUAUAAAGGCUAAAUGCUAAGAUGAGAAGAUCGUCUGGACCUAAUAACAAUGAAAGGUAACCCUCUACCUGCUCAGUUCUGACCAUAGGACUGGCCAACAGCUGUGUUUAUGUGAAUAAGAAAGCUAAAAGCCCAAGAGACGUCUUCAUGGAUCUACUGACUAUGCUACUUUGAACCAAAAAGCUAAAAGGAGAAUCCCCGUCUGGACCCAUCGUUUGACCUCAACAUGGGGGACACUGCAGAGUACCAGCGGCUCCCCAGCGAGUGUGAUGAGGACGAGGUGUUGGACGAGAAGCUGGGCAGCAGUAUGCAGUGUGAUGAAGGCACAGAGUGGCUGCUGGAGCUGCUGAUGGAGGUCCAGCUGCAGCAGUACUUCCUGCGGAUCCGCGAUGACCUCAACGUCACGCGCCUCUCACACUUCGACUACGUGAAGAACGAGGAUCUGGAGAAGAUCGGCAUGGGUCGGCCCGGGCAGAGAAGGCUGUGGGAGGCAGUAAAGAGGAGGAAAGCGAUGUGCAAGCGCAAGUCCUGGAUGAGUAAGGUGUUCAGUGGGAAGAGGCCAGAUGGUGAUUUCCAGCCUCAGCCGGCCAGCACCUUCCGGAAACUGUCCCCGACGCCCCCCGCGGAUGGCCAGCCACAGGCCCUCACCUGCCUUAUCAGUGAGAAGGAGCUGGAGCUGUGCGAGAAACUGGGCGAUGGAUCUUUUGGCGUGGUGAAGAGAGGAGAGUGGUUCACCCCCACAGGAAAAGUGCUGAACGUGGCAGUGAAGUGUCUGAAGACGGAUGUGCUGAGCCAGCCGGACGCUCUGGAUGACUUCAUCCGCGAGGUCAACGCCAUGCACUCUCUGGACCACCAGAACCUGAUCCGCCUCUACGGGGUCGUCCUCACGCACCCCAUGAAGAUGGUGACUGAAUUGGCUCCUCUCGGCUCCCUGUUGGACCGUUUGAGGAAGAAUCAGGGUCACUUCCUCAUCUCCGUUCUGUGUCAGUACGCCAUUCAGAUAGCCAAUGGAAUGGCCUACCUGGAGUCCAAACGCUUCAUCCACCGCGACCUGGCGGCGAGGAACAUCCUGCUGGCCUCCAGCGAGCUGGUCAAGAUCGGAGACUUCGGCCUGAUGAGGGCGCUGCCCAAAAAUGACGACCAUUAUGUCAUGCAGGAGCACCGCAAAGUCCCGUUUGCCUGGUGUGCCCCAGAGAGUCUGAAGACUCGCACUUUUUCCCACGCCACAGACACUUGGAUGUUUGGUGUGACUCUAUGGGAGAUGUGCACUUACGGACAGGAGCCAUGGCUGGGCCUCAAUGGCAGUCAGAUCCUCCAUAAAAUCGAUAAGGAGGGGGAGCGGCUGCCCAAGCCGGAGGACUGCCCUCAGGACAUCUAUAACGUGAUGCUGCAGUGCUGGGCACAGAAACCGGAUGACAGACCGACAUUCAUGGCCCUGAGGGAGUUCCUAGUAGAAACCAUGCCCACCGACAUGAGGGCCUUGCAGGACUUUGACGAGCCAGACAAACUGCACAUCCAGAUGAAUGACGUCAUCACCAUCAUUGAGGGCAGGGCAGAGAACUACUGGUGGCGAGGGCAGAAUAAGAGCACUCUGAAGGUCGGUCAGUUUCCUCGAAACACGGUUACCUCUGUAGCCGGCCUGUCAGCUCAUGACAUCAGCCGGCCCCUGAAGAACAGUUUCAUCCACACGGGACAUGGAGACACUAAUCCACACCGCUGCUGGGGCUUCCCGGACAGAAUUGACGAUCUGUAUCUGGGGAACCCCAUGGACCCUCCGGAUGUUCUGGGGCUGGAUCUGAGCGUUCCCAGACCCACCCAGCUUCCUGGACGAGCCAAAAAGGAGCCUCCCCCUCGACCCCCUCAGCCGGCUUUGCUCUUCAAGAAGCCAACGUAUGAUCCUGUUACUGAAGACGAAGACCUAAGUUCCUCUGGCCUGAGACGCCUCUCUUUAAAGAAGGCCAGCAUGAAAGGCCUCAAACUCAAGCCUUCUGCUUGGGUUUCAGCCACCAAGCCUGUUUAUGGCCUCCGGACUCCAGGAGGCGGGACCCCAACCGAGGUUUCCCUCAUAGAUUUUGGCGAAGAAGUCCCCUCAGCUACCCCUUCCCCCUCCCCUGUGGUGGAGACUCACGUUCCUACCCUUGCCAAACUCUCUCUGGAUGCGGAGAACCUUCUGGACGGAACUCCGCCUCAGAGCCCCUCUCAAACUCUUCCCCGCCCACUCCACCCCACCCCAGUAGUAGACUGGGACUCUAGGCCCCUCCCUCCUCCCCCAGCAUAUGACGAUGUAGCACAAGACGAAGAUGACAUUGAGGUCAGCUCAAUCAACAGUGCUGAACCUGGCUCUCCUCGGGCACUUUGCACUCCCACAGAUGAGGAUAAGCCUCACAUUGAGGACAAUCUUUUUUUGCCCAGAGGGCAAAGCCGUGCCAGAACCUACUCCCAGUCAGCCGAGAUCUUCCAGGAGCUACAGCAGGAGUGCAUGAGGCGCCUCAAUGUUCCAAACCCUGAACUUUAUCGCCAGAUUGUCCUCAAUACAUCUGAGGACAAACCCCAAAUUCCACCUCGUAUCCCAAUUCCUCCCAGACCCCCAAAAAGCACAGGUGCAGAAUAUGCCCGCUGGUCAGGCGAACUUUCUCCAGCCUCUGGGGGUGAUGAGGACAAAGUAUGUCCACCUCAAAUCCCUCCGCGAGACCCCCUGUCUCAGCCUGGCUCUCGCACCCCCAGUCCCAUGGGACUCUACGUCGGCAGCCACUGCUCUCCAGGAUCCAUCUACAGCUCUUCCUACCUCUCCACAUCUCCUGGUAAGCUCAUGCCUACCACCCAAAGCUUCGCCUCGGACCCCAAGUACGCCGCUCCCAAAGUCAUCCAGGCGCAAGGCAAGGACAAAGAAGCGACCAAAGGACCUUGCAUUCUGCCCAUAGUCCGAGACGGCAAAAAAGUCAGCAACACGCAUUACUACCUCCUGCCAGAGAGACCACCAUAUCUGGACCGCUACGACAAGUUCCUCAAAGAGGCGGACACUGGAGAAGAGAGGCGGAGCCUGAAUACAGCCAUGGUGCGGCCCAUGAUCCAGCAGCAGCACGGCGAGCCCAAAUCCAACUUCUCCUCCAAUAACAAUAGCAGUCAGCUGGGUUCCUCAGGCAGAGUGGGUGUUAAGAACUCUGUGAGCCUGCCCAGAGUGACCACCGAUGGGUUGGUCAGCAGGAUUGAGGGAGCCUGCACCCCAGAGAGAGUCAAAUUGGUGCAGGAGGCGGUGCACGGGGUGACGAUUGAAGAAUGUCAGACGGCCCUGCAGAACCACAGCUGGAACGUACAGAAAGCUGUGCACUAUCUGAAGGUGGAGCAGCUCUUCUGUCUGGGUUUGAAGUCCAGGGUGGAGUGUCAUAAGAUUCUGGAGAUGUGUGACUGGAAUCUGGAGCUGGCCAGCACUCAGCUCUUAGACUCUUACGGCUCAGUCAAACAGAGGCGAUGAGGAAAAAAUGGAGUGUUCUCGUCCUCCGCUCCUCAGAGACUGUACUGACUGAAGUAUGUUCUCCUGUCCAGAGCACAGCGGGACGGAAGGCUCUUCCAGCACAAUAUCUCCAGUCUCCUAUACCGAGUGCAUGACUCAUACGUGCGUCCCAUCGCGGCUAAUCAAGUUCCUCCAGAAACCCCUCCCAAGGUGCACUACUGAGUUCAGGGUUUUUUUGUUCAUUUUUCCUCCUCCGUUGGAUAGAAAGAGGCGGAAGACAAGGUGCUGCUGGUCCAUUUGAGUUGACUUUUAUUUUUUAUUUCGUAAAGAGCUUUAUUUGAGGAAUAAAAAAAGACGAUCAGAUGGAGAACUCUGAGAUCAUGUAUGUGUAGUGUGUGUGUGUGUGUGUGUGUGUGUGUGUAUGUUCUCUGAUUUGUAUGGUUUAUACAGUUGCCUCGGUUGCUUCAGUUGGUCUUUUUCAGUGUUUAUUUUGUUGUUCAACUGCAACAAAGAAAGUUUAUUGAGAUAAUGGAGCUUCGGUGUUGCAUUCUUGCUUUUCAUUUAGCGUCACUUUCCAGAAUAAUUCUGUUUUUCAUCUCUACCUAUUAUGUUCUAUUUUAGAAACAUAGGCUGCUUAUGUUCCUAUGUGACAAUGUUACUUAAGUGGCAUUGAAAAUAGCAUUUCCAAGUGCCCUUGCGGUGCUUGGCGCCAAGAGCGGAUCCCAUCAUUAAAAAACUAAAAUGUAGAAGCACCAAGACUGAACAAGAAGCCACUUUGUGAAGGAGAAACUGAUCUUCCUCAGCACUCAGUCCAGUUUCCUUUGGGCUUUCAGCCAUGGAUGUACAACAAGCACAACUGGGAAAGCUAACCUGGUCCACCUGAAAGCACAACUGCGGCCCUCCACAAGCUAAUGGAGAAGUUCGCUUGUUACUGUUUUUUAUCUCAAACUGCAGUCUUUUCUAAUCAAGUCAAUGGCCUUAAUGUUUUUUGGCAAAUUGUGAACACCCUUAAGCCCAGAUGAUUAAGGCAUUCUGCUGGGAGAAAAGUGCACAAUGUAUGCUGUAACAUAAUUGUUUCAGUCUACAGACUGUUAUAGUUAACAGUAUCCUAUACGCUACAGUGCAGUAGCUUCAGUUACUGGUCUCAUUUCAGACUGCUCAAUUCCAAACUAAAUGCCCAGCUGUCCUAUCUAUGUUCUUUAGUAGCUAUUGUGAGAUUGUACAAGCUUUAUUAAUUUUUGUCAAAUUUAAGGUAUUUUAUUAAGUAUAAAUGACUUUUUUGUAUGCAUAUGAAGGUCAUACUGUUAGGACAGAUUUUUUUUUUUUAAGAAUAAACAUGGUUGAUGGGCUAAGCAAAAAAGAUAAUCAAUUUCAGUUGUUUCAGCAUUGCUAGCAGCCUAAAUGAACAUCAUAGCCUACUCUGCUAGCUACUGUAAUAUGGCUGAAGUUACUCUAAGGCAUCUGCUAACAUUUUCCAUAUUGUACUCGCGAUAUACAACAACAUUAUUGCAAAAACCUAAAGCACAACAAAGCAGAGAGACUAAUGGGGGCUUAUCUGGUCUGUUGCUUAGCCUGUUGGAGUGUUUCAGUGCAUCGCCAUUUGGAUAUCAUAGUGCAAUCUGACAGUGUGGAUUGUGGAGAAUGGACUUGGUGUUGGAUUAGUUGGAUAUCUAAUGCGAUGGUUUGAACGUCAAAGUUUGCAAAGAGUCUACCCCAUGUCAACAACUCACCCCAAGCAUCCCUUCUGUCUCCCAGCUCUAGUGUUUGAAUUUUGUCGGAAAUAUUUAGAGAAUUUUAAAUCAUGAACCCAGUGAAUUGAAUCCAAACCAUGGGCUUAGUUUGAAGCUACACUAUGUAAGAUUUGGUGAUUUUUAGACCUCUCUGGUGUAAAAUGUGUAAUUGCACACAAUAUAUGGAAGAACAUUUUAUAACAUAGGUUGUGGUUCGGCCCCCUUCCCUGAGCAGAUGAAUCUAGUUAUUAGUACAAAGAGAAUUCAAAGAGAACUCAGUCUAAACUUGGUUAAACAGCGGAUCUUCUAAGGAUAUGAGUGAAUUAUCUGCUGUUGUCAUCAUAUCUAAAUCAGUAUAAUGUUGAUUUUGCAUUUGACACAUAAACAUGAAACAGGACCUUCUUUUAUAGUCGAUGCAUGUGACUUUAAUAUGUAAAGGUGUAUGACAUGAUCUAAAAAUCUCCCCACGUAACACCUCUGACUAUUUUAGGAUAACACCAGCACACGCACACCAUAUUUUAGCUUGCUUUGAUUCUCUUGGCUGAGUGAUGCUACUUCUUGCACACAAAAUCUUACAUAUUGCAGCUUUAAUGUUUAGCCCUGUCAUUGGGUGAGGCCGAUUUUCAUUCUCAGCGAUGUCACAGCCAUCUGCGACCUGGAGUCCAGGACAAUAUAGUUGUCCUCUUUCUCUCUCUGGGUGGGUAGGAUGUCCCUCUCUCACUCAUCUGAUAGCUGAUCUAACAGAAUUAGCAGUUGGCAUUCUCCUCCUGUUGAGCUGCUCAAAAGCAAUCUGAAGAGAUGGGGUUUAGUUUCUUGUCUCUCUGAGGAUGCAUGGUGCUGCUGUCGGAAGAAAACCUAGCAUCUCCAUUUUCGACGUUUUUCAGCGUUUUCACCUAAUUUGAAAAUGCCUGUCGUCUUUUACAUUGUGUAUGCAUUUCAUAUAGAAUAGAUCAAAAGCAGCAUCCCAAAAGAACUUGGAGAAAGUCUGGUUCCAUUGACUUACAUUAAAAGUAAAGUAGGUUUUUUCCUUCCCCUGUGAAGUUACCAUUUUGGUUUUCUUCUGACAACAGCGAGGUGCUAGCCUUCACCCUCCCAGCUGGAAUCGUGUAAUAGAGGGAGACCUAGCUAGUGGGUGGAAAUUGGCAAAGACUAAAUUGAGGCCGACCGCUGGGAUAGGCUCCAGCACCCCCCCACGACCCUGAGGGAGAAGCGGCUUAGAAAAUGGAUGGAUGGAUAAAUUGAGGCCAAAUUUGAGUAAAAUUCCAAAAAAAACAAACAAAAAAAAACCCAACCCAAUUACAUGACAAAUAGCACUCAUUGAUAACAAGUGUGACCUUUAAUAUGCAUAUGAAA